GGUCGGAGAGGAGAGGAGCGGAGCAACCAUAAAUGAAGGUCGGUCCCCACGCUCGCCACUCGCACCACUCAUCCUCCAAGGGAGGAAACCGAGAGGCGAGGAGAGGAGGCGCUAACGCCAGUGGACCACAUUUUCUGCCUUUGUUCAUCCAGUAAAAUGGAUGUCCUCCUGAUCUCGUCGUCUUCCUCAGUGUCGGCCACCUCCCGCCGGCUCCGAAUGCUUGGUCCCUCCAGGCUUCCACCACCAACAUCCUCCUCCUUUCCUCCUCGUUCUUUCCUCCGCAUAUCGGCCGUUAGAAUAGAGGAGAAACCUCGUGCCGCGGAGCCCAAAACCAAAACUGCUCCCACAUCCACCGCCACCACCACCACCACCACCACCCCGUAUCAGGAUAACAAACAGGACUCAGGAAUCAGCCAGCGGACCAACCACAGGUCAAUUCCUCCCCGUCUCCAGCCAGCACCAGUGUCACGAGUACGAGCAGCACCCUCCCCGCAGGCGACCUUUUGCAACGCACUCGACGAGCUCAUCAAUAACUUCAUUGAUCCACCCGUUCUCCGUCCCUCCGUCGAUCCACGCCACGUCCUGUCCAACAACUUCGCUCCAGUGGACGAGCUUCCUCCGACAUCCUGUCCCGUGGUCCGCGGCGCCAUACCACGCUGCCUCGCCGGAGGCGCCUACAUCCGUAACGGACCCAACCCUCAGCACCUACCCAGAGGGCCUCAUCAUCUCUUCGACGGGGACGGCAUGCUCCACUCGCUCCUUCUCCCCCCGGCAGGGAGCGACGGAAUGGCCCCCGCCAUCCUCUGCUCCCGCUACGUUCGCACUUACAGGUACCUCCUCGAGCGCGAUGCGGGCGCCCCUAUCCUCCCCAGCAUAUUCUCCGCCUUCCACGGAGCCGCUGGUAUGGCGCGCGGCGCUGUUUCUGCCGUCAGGGUACUGACGGGGCAGAUGAACCCGGCCGAGGGGGUGGGCCUCGCGAACACUAGCUUGGCCUUUUUUGGUGGCCGACUCUACGCUCUGGGCGAGUCGGACCUGCCCUAUGCCGUGCGCGUGUCUUCAGAUGACGGCGACGUUGCCACGCUGGGCCGCUGUGACUUCGAGGGGCGGCUCUUCAUGGGGAUGACCGCCCACCCCAAGAAGGAUCCUGUCACGGGGGAGCUGUUUGCCUUCCGUUAUGGUCCCGUCCCUCCCUUCCUCACUUAUUUCUGGUUUGACUCCGACGGGAACAAGUCGGGAGACGACGUGCCCAUCUUCUCGAUGCGGCAGCCAUCGUUCCUGCAUGACUUCGCAAUCACAGAACGAUACGCUAUCUUCCCAGACCUCCAGAUUGUGAUGAAACCGAUGGAUAUGGUUUUGGGCGGGGGUGCGCCGGUAGGGUCGGACAACGGGAAGGUGCCUCGCAUCGGAGUGCUCCCUCGCUACGCCACCUCCGAAGCAGAGAUGCGCUGGUUCGAGGUGCCCGGCUUCAACCCCGUCCACGCGCUCAACGCGUGGGAAGAUGGGGACGAGCUAGUGCUGGUGGCCCCCAACGUCCUCUCCGUCGAGCACGCCUUGGACAGGAUGGAGCUCGUCCACAGCUGCUUGGAGAUGGUGCGGAUUGACCUUAGGAGCGGAGCCGUGUCGCGGACACCGAUGUCGGCGGCCAACAUCGACUUUGGUGUCAUAAAUCCUCGUUAUAUGGGCCGGAAAAACCGCUAUGCCUACCUUGGGGUGGGUGAUCCGAUGCCCAAGAUAUCUGGGGUCGUCAAGCUCGACUUGACAUUGGCCGGCAAGAGCGACUGCGUGGUGGCUCGGCGGGACUUCGGUUCAACCUGCUUCGGAGGAGAGCCGUUCUUCGUGGCCGAUGGGGAGAGAGAGGGGGAGGACGAAGGGUACGUGGUUUCUUACGUGCACGACGAGGGGAGUGGCGAAUCGAGAUUCGUGGUGAUGGACGCUCGAUCGCCGGACUUGGACAUCGUUGCGGAAGUCCUGCUGCCGCACCGUGUUCCUUACGGAUUUCACGGCCUCUUUGUGUCUCAGGCUGAGCUACGAUCACAACGCCCGUAGAAAUGGUCACUGCAUGGGUAUACGAUCUAAGCAGACUGUAAUACUCGACAGACAAGAUGGUGUGUCAUGCUUUAGCUAUAAGAUACUUUCAUGUCCCCUCUAUGCUAUAGAUACUUUCAUGUGAUGUAAUGUUCGUCUUCAUCA